GGUGAGCUGGUCACAGCAGGCAGGCCAGGCCCAAAACAGCAACAAUACAACGCACACGGCAUUCUGCCCUCGGUAGGCCUCCGGAGCGGGCGCGCGCGCACUCGUACACGUCAAGUUGCUACAAUCUCAGCCACAACUUAGGACGACGCGUUUGGAACGGUUGACGGUAUUCGACCAUUGUGGCACGAAUCCAGCAUCUCCAAGAAAAGAAAAAAAAACUAAAUACCGUCGUCGCAGUCGUGUAUGCGAUUCGAGCCGAUCCGGUUGCUGUCGGGAGCGUGGAACGUCCGUCGCGAACUACCAGCAGGUUUCCAGGUGACGCGAGCGACCAAUUCUAGAACGCAACGAAGAUUACACAAUCGAGUUUUGUUUUUUGUCUAACGGUGUCAAUUCUAAAUCUACCAAAUUUUAACAGUAGUUAUUCAGUGAGUGAGGAAGAUCAAUAGUCACGCGAAUUCCGCAGGCCUUAUCUGUGAUCCAGCCUAGCUAGGAAGUUCUUUUGAAUCCGUAUUGUGUUUGCUUCUGAAAGCGAGCUGAUUGUUAUUAAUAUAUGCUAUCAACAGUUUAACUCAGUGUAGUAAAAAUAUCCAAACAAGAGAUACUGCGCGACACAGUCUAUUUUUGGUGUGGUUCGUUGUUCCAAAGUGAAGACUUGUGGCUCCAGUCGUAUUUAUUACCUUGAUCCGCAAUCAAAGACGAUCUCCCGUCGUCGAUGUAGUAGUAUCGAAGAAAAGUGUGAUCUGCCGUGAGUGUAAAUAGUGUGUUUUACAAUCACUUUUGAAUCUCUACAAUCAACGAAAACAGCGAUGGUGGUCAUGGUAAAGCAGCAAACAGCAAGUGCAUUUGUCUACUAAAGGUGCUAUCGUGUCGUACUUGUUGUCGGAGUGCAACGUUUGCGGAAUCAAGGAGUGCUUAUUCUGCUGCACACGUGUGCGUGUGUUUCGUCUUGCAAUGUUAAUUAAAACAAAUGAAGGUUGAAUCAGUAAAUAUUUAAAUUAGUGCUAUCAGCCUAAAGGCGGUGAUUCCAGCAGCAGCAGGAAAUGAAUAUCGAUUAGAAUAAUCGCAAACCCACCCAUAUGCUAUCAGUGAACUCAAGUGUCCUUCCGUUCGGUUCCGAUUCCCACCCCUUUCCGGGGGGUAAAAUAUGUACGAAGUGGCAACCCUCGCGGGCAACAAACUAGACGCAGCGUACGCUAUCAAAAGCUUAUCGAGCAUAAUGGGUCAGAUUUCGAGCAGCACAACGGCGACCAGCAGCGGGCACCACCAGGGAGGAACGGUCGUUAGCCGGCAUGGGAAGAAAAUCUACCAUCGGCAUUCGUCGGUCCAGCCGGCGCUGGCCAACAUCAAGCUGUUGAAGAAGGAAAGCUCCUUCAACGCCAAGGAUUACCACAUCAAAGAUCCACUCUACAAAGCAAGGACCGAAAGCAGAAACAUCGAUCAACUGUUACAAGUAGCGAACGGACAAGGUCCCUUAGCACCACCAGGAAGUACAACGACCACCUUGAGCAACGACCUGAAUCUCAGCCGGGAUGGAACGAUUAAGGACUCCGGUACCGUGUUCAGUUCAACGAGCAGCAAAGAGUUCUUCAAAUCGGGCGAAGCCUACCACAAGACUGAUGUAUGUUACUACAAAACACUGGACAAUGGUUACCACAAGUUACCUUCCGAUUCGUACCACAAAAUGACCGAAGGGUGCUACGUCAAGCUGCCGGACGGUAGCUUCCGAAAACUAGACGAUAAGAUGAACUCCCUCGAUGCCAACGCCGUUCUUGGCGGCGACAAAGCGGACCACAAUGCGGCCACUGCCGUCGGUCGCAAUGACGACUCGGCCGUUCAGUAUCGGAUCAAGAAUCCGAUGAUGAAGUUUCUCAAACGUUCCAAAUCCCACACACCCGCCACAAUCGCACAGCUACAAAAGGACAAAGAGAAAAAUCGCCUCAGUACAAUCCAAACACCGGUCGCCCUGGACGCUGGCCGUCCGCCGGUUUCCCACCAGCAACAGCAGCAGGUACUGCCGUCACAUCCAUCACAACCGCAAAACCAAAAUCAUUCGCAUUCAAGUCAGCAGCAGCAGCAGGGGGAUCAACCGUCAGCCAAAUCGCAACAUUCCAAUGCUCAAUCCCAGCAGCAACAGCAGCAUGCUGGCCAUCAUCAUCCCCCGCAUGUGCAGCCUAACCAGAAUCGCCGCGUUAUGGUGACCAUGAUCGACGGUGGACUGCCGGUUGUGGCCAAGAGCAAACCGAUUCACGAUAAGCCAAAAAGUGCCAAAGCUCGGGUUCAGGAUGCCGGACGAGAUAAGGGCUCACCGAACAUGCAGAUGCGCGGAACCGGCGCCCGAUGGCGGCCUGCCGAGGAGCACAUCGGCAAGUACAAACUGCUGAAAACCAUCGGCAAGGGUAACUUUGCCAAGGUGAAACUGGCGAAACAUGUGCCCACCUCCAAGGAGGUGGCCAUCAAAAUCAUCGACAAGACACAGUUGAAUGCGUCGUCGCUGCAAAAGUUGUAUCGAGAGGUCCGAAUUAUGAAACUACUGGACCACCCGAACAUCGUAAAACUGUUUCAGGUGAUCGAAACCGAGAAGACACUGUACUUGGUGAUGGAGUACGCAUCCGGUGGCGAAGUGUUCGAUUACCUGGUACUGCACGGUCGGAUGAAGGAAAAAGAGGCACGGGCCAAAUUCCGCCAGAUUGUGUCCGCCGUACAGUACUGCCACCAGAAGCGAAUCAUACACAGAGAUUUGAAAGCGGAGAACCUGCUGCUCGAUAGCGAAAUGAACAUAAAGAUUGCCGAUUUUGGUUUUUCGAACCAAUUCACACCCGGUUCCAAGUUGGAUACAUUCUGCGGAUCUCCCCCAUACGCUGCCCCCGAGCUGUUCCAGGGUCGAAAAUACGACGGUCCCGAAGUGGACGUGUGGUCACUUGGCGUAAUUCUGUACACACUGGUCAGUGGGUCGCUACCAUUCGAUGGUGCAACACUACGAGAACUGAGAGAACGCGUUCUGCGUGGAAAAUAUAGAAUCCCAUUCUACAUGUCCACAGACUGCGAAAACCUGCUGAAGAAAUUCCUGGUCCUCAAUCCGGCCAAACGGGCCAGCCUCGAGUCUAUCAUGAAGGACAAGUGGAUGAACAUGGGUUACGAGGACGACGAACUGACUCCCUAUGUCGAACCUAAGCCCGAUCUGAAAGAUCAGAAACGGAUAGGUAAGACGGAAGCGCUAGUUGCGAUGGGCUACAAUAGGCAAGACAUAGAAGAAUCAUUGACAUUCACACGAUACGAUGAUGUUUUUGCAACUUACCUACUUCUCGGCAGAAAAAGCACGGACCCCGAGUCCGACGGCUCCCGGUCCGGAUCGUCACUGUCGCUACGUAAUAUAGCCGGCAACGAAGGUGCUGCCGCUGGAAACUCCCAAGUGCAAAGCCCCACGCAUCGAGGAGUGCACCGAAGUAUAUCGGCGUCUAGUACAAAACCGAGCAGACGAGCCUCGAGUGGUGGGGAAACCUUACAAAUUUUCCAACGCUUCAUUGCAGGUGUCGGCCCAGCAGCGGCCGUGGCUGCAGCUGCAGCAGCAGCCGGUGGCGGCGGCGCUGGGGGCGCUGGCAAUAAUGCCACCGGAACGACGACCGCCAACAACGCGGUCGGUACCGGAACCGGUGCCGUUGCGGUCAAUAGCACCACCAGCAGUAACAAUCACGGCUCGGGAGCCAGCAGUGGCACCUCGGAACGGACAUCAGUUAGCAGUAAUUUCAAGCGACAGAACACUAUAGACUCAGCAACGAUCAAGGAGAAUACGGCCCGGCUAGCUGCACAAAACCAGAGGCCAGCCUCAAGCAUAACCAAACCGAUUACAUCGGCGGAUAACUCAUCGAUCUCCAGCCCGGUCAAGCCACGUACCACCAACACCACCAGCGGCAAGUUCGACCCGAGCAACGGUGCCCGGACAGUUGGCCCUAGUGCUGGCCUGAUGCCGAGACGGUCCACCACACUGUACGAGAAGACUUCGUCAACGGAAAAGACAAACUCCACCGCAGACUCAACCUUCAUUGGUCCGAUACCGGAAUUUACCCGCGGCAGUUCGGCCGGUGCGACGACCGGUGGCAAAGGUCACGUGAAGAGUGCGUCCGUUUCGAGCCCGGGACCAUCGGCCGACAGUAAUGUUGGUAGCGCCGCCACAACCGAUCCCCUCCGUCAAAGCAUGGUGAAUCGCAAUAGUCUUACACCAGGCGUUAAUUCUUCCAGACAACCGGUUGCAUUUCCCAGGAAUGUUCCAUCGCGAUCGACUUUCCAUUCGGGCCAAACCAGAUCCAGAAACAGCACGGCAUACUCCGGAGCCGGAGGCAACGUCGGCGACUCACCGCAUACUGGCAAGACUUUCCUACAAAGACUUACUACCAGAUUCAGCAAACGGUUUAGGGUGUUUCAUUAUAAGGAUACAAAUAACGAAUGAUUGUACAAAGAAGAAAAAAAGAAUAGCUAUGCAAAGGCGCAUUCGAGUGCGCGUAGAACAUUUUCUGCUUCUGUAGCGAACGGUCUUUACAAGAAUUGUAAAAAAAUCUGGCGAUUGUAAACAUCUAGCGCAAACGAAAAAAAGAUUAGUUUAUCACGAAUAGGCAUGAUCGAAUCUUCAAGCCGCCAGGAUUUUUCCGCUCUAUCGAAUGGCGAAAAUAAAACCGACGGAAGUACAAUUUAUUGAUUUUAUCGCAGAGGAACCGCACGGCGAAAAAUUUUAUAUCAUUCUGAGAUAUUGUAAGCGAAAAACGAAAAAUGCAUGCACUAUAGGUACCGAAACGAAUUCGAAGAUCUGAUGUUAGUAUAAUCAAUGGCGAUCGAAUAGUUUGAACUUAUCGGAAAUAGUUUCAGCUGAUAGCCUGAUAGAUCACAAAAUAUGUAAUGAUAGAAAUUACAUUGCGAAAGAGAAUAGUAGUUUUGUAUAGUUAGGAUUCUGAAUAAGACGAAUAAGUAAAACAAUCGAAAGUUUUUUUACCUUUGCGAAAAUUGUCACACAACGAAAAAAUAACAGAUCAGCUAGUGCUAAGUGAUAAACUUUGCCUGCCCCGCUUUACCUUAUGGUGCACUUCCGCUGCUUAUCACUGUUUGUAACUAGACGCCACAAACCAAUCCGUGCAUGAUAGUUGUCUUUUUCCGUUUAUUGUUGUUCCAAGUUCCAUAACAGAAAGCUCCCACUGUAUUAUAAUCAUCAACAGCGAACAUCCCCGUAAAUUAUGCUAUGUUUCGCAUCUGUCACCUCUCUUCCAUCUGUCAUCAUUUCUUCAAUACUGAUUGCGCUACUAGAGUAGAACACAUAAAUAAUCAACCAAAAAAAACAUACCCAACCGAUUCGAUAUUUGCAUUUAUACGGUCUCCAAGAUUGAAAGGGUUGCACAAUGAUUCCUGUUAAUAUCAUAGAACACUGUUUCCUAUCAGUCAGUGAUCGCUCUCUCACAACUAGUUGUUAGUUCCGUUGUCCUCAUGUUAACUGUCAGUUCUUGAGUAGUUCAGCUUUGAUAUUUGCGAUACUAUAUGAUUACUAUUAUUAUCCUGUUUCUGUUGGUUUGCAACAUUUUCACUAACUUCGUUUUAGUUCUCCUCCCGUAACUAUGGGUUUGAUACGAAAUUCAACGGUAAUAAAUCCCAAAAAACCAUGAGAACACAAAUUGCAUGAGAGAAUUAAUCUUUGGACACAUUAGUUCAAUUAAUAUAACAACAAAUAUUUAUUGAAAAUCAAUAAACAAUUUUAUUGUUCAUGAAUGAACAAUAUGAAUUCUACUGAUAGUGGCAUUAUCAGAGUGAAAUUCAAAAUAUCCUAUGUGAAUCAAUGAUUCUUGUUGUCUCAGUCGAAUUUUUUUCGCUAAACAGAAACCAUUUUCUUUGAACCUUUCAAAUGCAAUUAGAAGUGUUUGAGUCGUGGAAACUAAUUGAUACUUGUUAAACAUAUUUUCAUACACAUCCUUGUAACUGAGCCUUUAAUUAAAAAAAAAAUAAAAAAAAUAAAAAUUAAUACGUGAUCAACCAGGUUGUGACUCUGUUCGAGGGAAGCUAAAAACGCUCAAAUCUAAUUGUCUGAAACAAAAUCAAGAGCAAGACCAAAUUUUAGAAAACAUGUUGGUCACGUUCUUGAAAAAAAAUAAUAACAGGCAGAGUAAUUGAAAAAAUGUCCCAGGUUGAAAUGUUUGUUUUUUUUUCAAUUAUCAUUUCUGAUUGGCUGAAAUUUUGUAUAGUUGUUUCUAUAAGCAAACCGUUCGUUUGAUUGGUGUAACGUCUGCGGCAAAGUUGUAGAUAAUAAUUUUGUCUUCCUGAAAAAAAAACACUUUGAAAAAAGUUAUAAAAAAAUUAAAGUUAAAUAUCUAAAAAACUCAUUAUUUAACAUCUAAUUUCUUUUUAAACUGCAAAAGAUUAACUAAACAUCGAUGAUUGUCCGAUAAUGGAUAAAAGAGAAACAAAAAAGUAAAAAUUUUCCAGAAAAAAAGGCAGAACGUUUGGUUUGAUUAGCAUAACGUCUUCAGCAAAGUUUUAUACAGUAACAACGUUCACCUUAUACCAGUACAAAAUCCGGGACAUCAUGUUUUGGGAUUAUUUCCCGCGCCGAGUGACUUUAAAUUAUAAAAACAUUUUUAGCAACUAAUCGGUCGGUUGAUCGGAUACUAUACGGAUACUAUUCGGCAAAGUUGUAGAUAAUAUUUUUGUCUUUCUGUAACAAUAUACUCUGUAAAAAUUUUGGAAAAAAUUCGCCGAAUUUUAAUAUUUUUUCAUCUUUCUCCAAGUUCAGAUAACUGUUUUGGUUGGGUUCUAGUGUGUAGUUUUCAAAGAAAACAAACUUAGAUUCAUAAAAAGUGAGCUUUUUAUAUAUUCAAUUGAAAAUUAUAUUUUUUUCUAUAAAAAUUCUUUUUUCUCAGGGUGUAUGUCUUUUCUGAAAGGACAGAAUUACUGUGUGCCACUUUUCUGAAGGCGUUAUAUCAAUCAAACCAAAUGUUCUGCCUUUUUUUUCUUUUUUUUUCAGAACAAUUUUAACUUUUUUGUUUUCUUAUUUCUUUCUCUUUUCUUUCUUUUAUUUUGAUAGUUAUUUUCAAUUUUUUAACUGUUUUCCCCAAAAAAUUGUUUUGUAAGAGCGUCUAGUUUUUCAGAAAGACAAAUUAAUUAUCUACAACUUUGCUCAAGACGUUACACCAAUCAAACAAACAUAUUUGACUCUAAAAAUAUCAAUCAUCUAAUCAUCAUUACUUUUUCUGCAUAGCAUUUUUGCAUAGCUUCUCAAAACCGAGUCGUGAUUAAAAAAUAACUAAUAGCACGAAAUUUCAUUUUUCCCAUAGAACUAUCUAUGCAAAGUUUCAACCAAAUUAAAAAUGGUUGCCGGUUUUUUUGUGGAAUUGCUCAGCACUGAUACUUGACGUCCUGGAAGUAAAAAGUUUUUGAGGAAUGUGUCACAACCUACCUUAACGAUCAAUAUAGAGAUUUUUCAGUUCGAAACGUAAAACGUGCCUUUUUGUCAUGAUAUUUGAAUCGAUGAACGAAUUUGUUGAGAAAUCGUUUGAGUUUUUCAAUUAUUAUAAACUUUGUCCCACAAGAGCAACUUUUUAAUAUGGGGGAGGGGGGAGGGAAAUGACUAAUUGAAAACUGCAAAUGCUAUCGAGAUGUCAAAAAUAUAGUUCCAGAUUUUAAACGUAGUCGGAAACUGAGUAAUUUUCGAUUGCAAUUAUGAAAGGCAAUUUUAUUCAAACACAGAGUGACAAAAACAAUUCCAAAUUUAUCUUCCCUGAUUUUGUUCCUGACAUCCCCUGAAAUGAAAAAAAAUUCCUGGUAUUUUUGAACCUUUUCCAAAAAUAUUCGUUUUAAUUUUCUUGACUGCUGAUCGAAUUCUGAGAUUAUUAUUCAUAUUUUUCAUGAUUGUUUUUUAUUUUCCUUAAGAGAAAAAAAAUUUUUUUUGACUCUCCAAGUUACCAUAAAUAAAAAAUUCAACAUACUUUCAAAUGCCGAUUCUAACAUUAUCCUGUAGCACCAAUCUCAAAUUAGUGCUAAUAUUGGAUCAUGAAACUAAGAAAUAAGUGAAAAAUUCAAAUAUAAUUAUUGUCUCUUGAGCAAUUUCACAAAAUUUUUGAUCUUGCUGAAACUUUGAACAAAUGUUCUUGUGAGCUAAAGAAGUCAUUUCAUAUUUGUAUUUUUAAAUAUUUUAAGAGCCAGAACGGUAUGUUUGAUCGGUGUUACGUCUUCGGCAAAAUAAUUUUGUCUUUCCGAAAAAAAUAUACACCGCGGAAAAAAGUGGUUUUUAAGCAAAAAAAAAAACGCAAUGAAAUUUCAAAUAAAUUAUCUUAAAAAGUUCAUUUUUGAAAAAUCUUAUUUUUUUAAAUUUAUAUGUUAGCUAAACCAUGUCCGAUCAUGGAGAAUCGAUAAAAUAAAAUGAACUUUAAAAAAAAAGAAAUUAAAAUUGGAACGGUUUUUUAGAUAGCAAUGUUGUCUUCGGCAAAGUUUUAGACAGUAACUUUGUUUUUUCAGAAAAAAACACCGUGAAAGAAAAAAAAGUUCAAGGAAGAAUUACAAACAAAAUCUGAUUUUUUUCUACGGAAACUAUACAAUGCGCACUGUUUCCAAAGCUACAAAAAACGUGAACGAAAUUAUUUUGAUUCAAAAAAUGGAUUUUAGUGCCUUCAGCAAAAUUGUACUCUGUUAUUAAUCCACCUGAAACUGGGAAAAGAAUUUUACUUUUCUCAUUUUAGCACACAAAAAUGACUUUGUUCGGCACAGUUGUAGCAUCUUUUUUAAGAAUCAACUUUGUCAAAGACAUCAUACUUCCAUUUGCUUAUUUAAAUGGAGUUUUUUUAUGGAUUGCCAUAAGUCGAACGUCAUAAGCAUAAGUCAAACAUUAUUUAAUCCAGAUAUAGGCAUUUGUCUCUUGCUGUUUCUUGCAUUCUCUCUGUGUAGAUAUCUGUAAGUAAAUUACUGCAUUAUUUAAAUAAGCUUUAAUAACAAAAAAAAAUAUAGAAGAUAAAAAUAACCUUACUUCAGCGGACUUGUGUGUUUCAUUAUAGUAAACAAAAUUGUAGAACAUUUGUAAACAAAUUUUACAAAGUCACUAUGAAAAGCUAUAUGAAAAAACGGGCAUUCUAAUGGAAACUUCACAAUAGUUCAUUCAAAUUGGCAGAUAGAAGUAUGGUGUCUUCAACAAAGUUGUUUCUUACAGCAUGUGCUCCAAAUUUUAACUUAUAUAUAAUGGAAAAUAAUGAAUCCAACAACUUUUCUGAAUACACUACGGUUUCAAAAUCUUUUUUUUGAACAAACAUAAAUUCGAUCACAUUUUUGCAGCUUUGAAAAAAGAGUGCAUACGCAGCUCAAUUGAUACGUGAAUACAAUAAUAAUGGCUACUGUAAAUCAGACACAUAAAUUGAAAAAAAAAACAUAACUUAGCGACCGUAACAGAGCUGACUACAUGCGCAUGUUUCGAAAGAGAUAGCGAGAGACACACGCUUAUGCCUAGAUUGAAUAAUGCUUGACUUAUACUUUGAUAAAAAAAAGGUUUCGACUACAAAAAUUUGCAGAUUUUGUAGAUGUCUGUUAAUAAAAUAGUGCAUAAUUUAAUAAAAAUGGUGAAUAACCAAAGAAAUAUAUUAGUCAAAAAUAAAUUUCCCUCGAAAUAAUUGUUUGUUUUUUAUUGUAAACAACAUGGUAGAACAUUGAAAAUUGUAGAACAUUGAAAGUUAAAUUUAAAAAAUGACUUUUAGUGGCAAUCAAUAGAAAACUCCCUAAAAUUCAUUCAACAAAGUUUUUUUCCAAUGUGCUACAAUUUUGCCGAACUACUCCAAAAUGAGAAAAAUAAAAUUCGUUUCUCACUUUUAAAUGGAAUAAAUACAAAAAUUGCAACUUCUAUAAUAGAAAAAUUCGCUACAAUUUUGGCGAACAAAAUGGAUUUUUAUACAGGUCGGACUCGAUUAUCCGGAACAUCAAAAAGAAAUUCAUUCCGGAUAAUCGAAUCACACAAAAAAUACUGAAAUUUUGCGAUUAACGAACAUAAAAUUAAUAUUUCUUUUCUUUAUUUUACUUAUAUGAUGCAGUGGCGUAACCAGAAGUUACUUCUUAGGCGAAAGGGGGUAAAAUCUUAAAAAGCAAAAAAAAAAUAAAUUGGACAUUGAUUAUUUUCACUCAAUUUGAACUUGUCCCAAACAUGCUGAAAGUGACUUAAAUGGUAACAAAUAUGCCAGAAGGGAUAGUAAAGGCAAAAUUUCGUAAUAAAAAUUGAAAACUGACACCAAAAAAAUAAAAUUCCGGAUAAUCGAGUCUAAAAUUCCGGAUAAUCGAAUUCCGGAUAAUCGAAUUCCGGAUAAUCGAGUUUCCGGAUAAUCGAGUCUCCGGAUAAUCGAGUCCGACCUGUACUCCAAAAAGAAACUAUGAAAAUUCGUUUCUCACUUUUGAGUGGAUUAUUCACAAAAAUUGCAACUUCUAUAACACGGAGGAAAAUUAUUAGAACAACUUUGCUGAAGGCAUUACGACUCGGAAAUCAUUUUUUUUUUAUCAAAAUAAUUUCGAUUGCGUUUUUGUAGCUUUGGAAAUAGUGUGCAAUGUUAGCUGAACCUUAAAAGUGGCUAGAAAAAUAAAAACUAAAAAAAAAAUUACGGUGUAUUUUUUUCAAGGGCAAAAUUAACAACUUUGCCGAAGACACUUUACUGUUCAAACAAAUUAUUUUGGCUCUGGAAAUUUUUUUAUCAUAAAUGGCACUUUUUACUGAACCGAGUGCAUAUUAAAGAUAAAAAAAAGAUGUAGAGUCAUUGUGGUAUAGUGUCUCCGUUGUUUCUUGUUACACUGUACACAAAAAAAUCCAUUUUUUGUUUAAUUUGUACUUUUUAUGUUUUAUUUCUCCAAGUUCAAUCAUCAAUGCUAAAAAAUAUUAAAAACAAGUCGUGAUUUAAAAAAAAUACUAAUUGAGCAAAGUGAUACUUUCAGCCCAUAGGAACAUUUAUGCAAACUUUCUACCGAACAAAAAUGUCAAUUUUAAAAAAUAAUAAAAUUGGGACAUUUUCUAUGAAAUUGUUCUCUUCUGUACACUUCAAUUUUAAUUUUAUGGGAAAACGGAAACAAUUUAAAAUAUUUGACUUAUUGUCUUUUUUAUUUUUUUUUUUCACGCGGAUUUCAGAAUUUAUGCGGUUUUUAUGAGCGGAUAUGUAUGUCUCUCGUCGUUUUUUUGAAAUGUCCGAUAACCGAUGAAAUUCCAACGUUUUAAAUUAAAAAAAAAACGAACGUUUAAAAUAUUUACACAUUACAGUACGUUGGGUGCGUUUUAGAUACUCCAGCGCCAAAAAUUAGGUUUCCGUUUUUUUUUUUUUUCAAAUAAAAUUGACAGGAAUUUAUAACCAGAGAUUGAUUCCCAGUUCGGUUGGUUCAUUAGAUAAUGUGCGAUCUAGGUGUAGUUUAGCCCUUUGGCUUUAUCUAACCAUUGAACAAUUCAUAAGGAUUUUUUUUUCUGUUUGAAUGUUAAGAGCUAGAAUUCGUAUAUUUAAAUAUCUGAUGCCCUAGUGCACAGGAAUUCAAAUUACAAGAAAUGAACCCCUCGACCAUGUGUCGAUUUUUUUCAUUAGAAUUUGCGAAAAUGAUGGAAUUUUCAUAAGUUUUCAUGGUAGUUAAAAUCUGACAGUACUCAAACCGCAUAAUUCAAUCACAUAUUAUUGCUCAAACGGGUUUAUUUUAUUAAUUGAAUUUUCCGCAUGCAUGCUAAAAAUAUAAGAGGAUUAUUUUUUAACACUAAUGAGAACGUACACUUAGAACCAUUGAUUUAACAUAACCAGAUUUAAAAGCCAGAUUGAUAGGUAUUAAAUAAUUGUGUACAGAGAAGUCGGGUCAUUCAUUAAGAAUAAGAAAUUCGGAACUACAGAACAAAAACAGCUGACUCAAGUAAAUACUACUCCGACAAAUAUACAAUUACAUUAAUCAUUGUGCACACUUCCAAUAAAUCGUUGCAAACAGCACCAGCCAUCAAUAUACUUGCAAAAUUACGCCAAAAUGAAGCUGAACAAAAUUAUUUGUUUUUUUUUCCCUUAUCCUGUAAAAUGCUAGCGAAAAUACUACAUUGUGCAUCCUCUCACUCUUGCCUUACAAAAGCUACAAAUUGUAACAAACAUCGACAAACUUUCGGCCGAUAAGCAUACACAAAAAACUCAAAAUUCUUUCAUCGAGUCAUCUCCAAUCAAACCGAUAGUAAUUUUAGCAGCAAUAAAAAAAUCAGCGCCUCUACCUGUUUGUACUCUUGUAUCUAAAGAACGAAACUAGUAGCAGCGGACAGUUUUUUUUUUAUUUCAAUAGUCUCAUUAGCAGCAGUGCUGAAAAUAAAUCGCCAUCGCAGCCUAAAUUCCAAAAAACCGCUCUCUUUUGCUCUUUUUGUUUCUUUCUCUAAUCCAUCACAACUGUUCAACAUUAUUCCACCAAUGACUAAACAAAACGAAACAAUCUUUACUCAACAUGCCCAACCUACCGCAUUUGUUUAUUCUGAUUGCAAAAUUUCUUUUUUUUCUUCUCCAUUC